AUGUUUUAUUCUUUGCCAACAGAAGCGAAGCUUGAUAUAUUUAAAUGUUUCAAUUAUGAACAAUUAUCUUCAAUUAAACAAACAAAUUUAUUUUUUCGUGAUUUUAUUAAUAAUUUCGAGGGGAAACUUGCCCGAGAAGAAUUAUUCAAGUUUACUAUCGAUUUUUUCAAUAAUUUCGAAGAAAUUCCUCAUAAAUACGUUAGACCCGAAGCUGGAAAUUUUGAUUUUGCUUUAUUUGACGAGCAACAUAAAGAAUUGAAUAAACAAAUUGAUGAAAUGUGGAGUAAUGGACAACAAAAACGAAUUCCUUUGUAUUUACCUGAUCACGGAUUGCUUGACAAUAUUGUCAUUAGCCUGUCUAUAGUUUACAACAAUAUCGAAGAACACAACAUUAUUCUAGACCUCCCAACAAUUAUUAGAAACAAAAAGCAAAUGAAAAUUGUUUAUCAUUAUUUAACUCGAUUAUUCAAUUGUUCUUUUGUUUUUGCCAAUUUUUGCCAAUUUAUUUUCAAUCCAGAAUUAAUCCAAUUAUUUUUUGAAAAUGCGAAGAUUCCCGGGAAAUUUUAUGUUAUAAACAAGCGGGCAUCCAAAAUUGCCGCCGGGAGCUUUUUUGAUUGGACACCUAAAUCUACCGAUACAAAUGGUUGUUUAAGAUAUGUUUUGCAUAAUUUAGUCAGUGAAACAUUUAAACAUGUAAAUAAUCCUGAAGUUUAUGCAAUUAUUUUAUUCGAAAUUAUAAUGAGAGGAGACAAGUUUAGAGGAUUCGAGUUAAUUUGGGAUAAACUGUCAGAACUUGUUAAUUUUUAUUCUUGUUUAUAUGGUAUUGAAAUGUCAAUGGAUAGCCCAAAAAUGGUGGCUAAUAUUGAAUUAAAUGAUAUUUAUUUUAAUUUGAAUACUUUAACGAAAGGAUUGAAGAAAUUGUUGGAAAUUGAUGAAUUAAUGACUGAAUGAAUUUGUUGUUAAAUUUGAUUUUUUUGAUUUUGAUUUUACUUUUUGGAGGUAAUACUAUGGAAGUCAACCCCUCUUUUUUCACUUUUUCACUCAAUAUUUUG